CAAAACCUAUGGUGAAAUAAGUAAAAGAGCUUUUCUCUCUCUCUCUGGUUCUGUAACCUGUUUCUCCGGACAAAAUCAACACUGUCCUUGCCACCCUGUUCCUCCAAUCGAGAAACAGGGAAACAGAGACAAGACCCGUUACUGUUCUCACUUCUCAGCAUUGGAACGUUAGGUAAAAAGCUGAAGUGACAACCCUCUCCAGAAGCUUCACUUCACUCUCUGCUCAUUCAAUUCUUCAACCACUGAAGUCUGAAGUCUGAAGUCUGAAGUCUGAAGUGAACUGACUUAGGUUUCCAGACUGGGAACACAGCAGCAAUGGCAACUGGUUUCACACUCAUCUUCGCGACUUCACUCUUCCUCAUGCUUCUUCUGGAUUGUUGUUCUGGGAGUUUUAUUGGUGUCUGCUAUGGAAGAAGUGCUGAUGACCUCCCUACACCGGACAAGGUGGCACAGUUAGUUCAACUUCAUAAAAUCAAAUAUGUCAGGAUUUAUGAUUCUAAUACACAGGUCCUGAAGGCAUUUGCAAACACUGGAAUUGAACUUAUGAUUGGGGUUCCAAAUUCAGAUUUAGUGUCAUUCUCCCAGUUCCAAUCUAAUGCGGAUAGUUGGCUGAAAAACAGCGUCCUUCCAUACUAUCCGGCCACAAAGAUCACAUACAUUACGGUUGGUGCUGAAGUUACAGAAAGUACCAAUAAUGCCUCUGCAUUUGUAGUACCUGCCAUGAACAAUGUACAUACAGCACUUAGGAAACUUGGGCUGCACAAAAAGAUCAAAGUUUCAAGCACUCUUUCCCUUGGGGUUAUGUCCCGAUCAUUCCCUCCUUCUGCUGGUGCUUUCAAUAGUAGUCAUGCACAUUUCCUGAAGCCAAUGCUAGAAUUUCUUGCAGAAAAUCAGUCACCUUUUAUGAUUGAUAUCUAUCCUUAUUAUGCAUACCGAGAUUCCCCAAAUAAAGUGCCUCUAGAUUAUGCCCUGUUUGACGCAUCCUCUGAAGUUAUUGAUCCAAACACUGGUCUGCUGUACUCGAACAUGUUUGAUGCCCAGAUUGAUGCUAUUUACUUUGCACUGAUGGCUCUAAAUUUCAGAACAAUUAAGAUCAUGGUCACUGAAACGGGUUGGCCUUCCAAAGGGUCGCCUAAGGAGAAGGCUGCUACUCCUGACAAUGCACAAACUUAUAACACUAAUCUGAUAAGGCAUGUUAUCAACAACACCGGUACUCCUGCAAAGCCUGGGGAGGAGCUUGAUGUUUACAUUUUCUCAUUGUUCAAUGAAAAUAGAAAGCCUGGUAUGGAAUCUGAGAGGAAUUGGGGAUUAUUUUACCCGGAUCAGACAAGUGUGUACAAUCUAGAUUUCACUGGACGAGGUGCUGUUGAUCUGACUACAAAAGCAAAUGUAACAAGGUCAAAUAAAACAACAUGGUGCAUUGCUUCAAGUAAAGCGUCACAAAUUGAUUUGCAAAAUGCCAUAGAUUGGGCCUGUGGUCCUGGCAAUGUGGACUGUACUGCUAUCCAGCCUAGCCAGCCUUGUUUUGAGCCAGACAACCUAGCUUCACAUGCAUCUUAUGCUUUUAAUAGUUACUACCAGCAGAAUGGGGCAUCUGAUGUUGCCUGUAGUUUCGGUGGUACAGGUGUAAAAGUCGACAAGGAUCCAAGCUAUGACAAGUGCAUCUACAUGAGAGCUGGCAAUAAUAAAACUGUGGGAAGCAAUACAACAGCAAUGACUUCAACUUCAUCCUCCUCACAAACAGAAAAUUCUUCGUCAAUUUCCAUUUUUCUUCUUGUAACUUGUCUCUUCAAUCUAUUGAAUAUUCAUCGAUCCUGACAAGCCUGAUUGUUGAAAAUGCAACAUGAUUUUUUCCAUGUUUAGAUGUAUGGUGCAUUUGACAUGCAGGGGAAAUUUUCUGAUUAUGUCAUGCAUCAUGAAAGUGUAAACUCCUUUGCUGUUAUAGAGUAAAAAUUACUAACUGCAUUGGAGGCAA